AUGCAGUUCGCCGCCGCCGACGCGCCGUCGGCCGACGAGGCCGCGUCGAUCCUCGGCGCGGCGCUGUCGGCGGAGGCGUCGCUGACCAUGCCCUGGGACGCGGGCUUCGCCGCCGCGGCGCCCGCGCGGAACGCGCUGAAGCAGGACGCCGCGUGGGGCGUCGCGCGGCCCGCGACGGAGGCCGACGUCGCGGCCGCGGUCGCCUUCGCGCGGCGCCGGGGCCUGCGCGUCGCCGUCUACAGCACGGGCCACGACUACGACGGCCGGUCCCAGGCGUCCGGCGACGGCCUGGGCCUCGACCUCGGGCGGCUCCGGUGGGCGCGCGUGCUCGACGAGACGGACGCCCGGGGCCGCCGGCUCAUGAGCCUCGGCCCGGCGACGCCCAUGCUCGACGCCUACGAGGCCGGCGCGCCCCACGGCCUCGUGCCCGUGAGCGGCCACGUCAAGUCCGUCGGCGUCGGCGGCUUCACGCUCGGCGGCGGCCACGGGCCCCUGAGCCGGCGCCACGGCCUCGGCGCGGACCAGCUCGCGCGCGCGCGCGUCGUCCUCAGCGACGGCACGGUCGUCGUCGCCGACGACGGGCCCGGCGCGUCGGCGCGGCAGCGCGACCUCCUCUACGCGCUCCGCGGCGGCGGCGCGGCGCCCGGCGUCGUCACGGAGUUCGUCGUCGCGGUCCACCCGGCGCCGGCGACGGUGCGCCACGUCGCCUGGACGGCGCCCUUCGUCGCCGCGGGCGGCUACGCGACGGGCCGCGCGGCGCUGAAACGGUUCUUCCACAACGCGACGUGGUGGGAGGGCCUCGACCGCGGCUGGGGCGGCUGGUCCUCCGCGUCGUGCCGCGACGCGGCGCGCUUCCGCGCGGGCGACGCGGACGCGGGGCCCGCGGGCGCGCGCGGCGGCGCCUGGGGCCUGCUCGAGGCGCGGCUGAUCUACGCGGGCGACGGGAGCGGCUACGAGUCGCUGCGGGAGCUGCUGGACUGGGCGCCCGUGGGCGGCGACGCGCGCGCCGUCGAGACGGACGUCCGCGACAUGGUCGCGCUCAUGCGCACGGAGGGCGGCGACCGCGAGGGCCAGUACGAGCGCCAGCUCAUCAGCAACGUCUUCGUCGACGCGGGCCACCUCGCGAACGACGACCUCACGGACCUCGUCGCGAACGCUUUAGACGGCUCCUGCGCCGGCGGCGCGGCCUGGGGCCCCCUCUUCUUCUACAACCACGUGCUCGGCGGCCGCGUGGGCGAGCUCGGCGAGGGCACGAGCGUCGCAAACGGGUUCCGGUCCGCGCUCUUCGAGGUCGGCGCGAACGACGCGUGGGCCGAAUCGGCCGACGACGCGGCGCGCGGCGGCGCGCUCGUCGCGGCCGCGGCGCGGCUCUACGCGUUCUCCUCGAGCAGCUACGGCAACGAGUUCACGGACGCGCCCCUGCUGGACCGCGACUGGAAGGACCGCUUCUACGGCGACCACUACGGUCGGCUCCUGGCCGUCAAAGCGGACGCGGACCCGUGCAACGUCUUCCGCGCGGAAAGGGGCGUCGGCGCGGACGUCGACCGCUUCGCGGCCUGCGCGCCCUUCGCCAAGGCGGCCUGCGGGACGACGGCGCGGACCGUCGCCGUGGACCGGACCAAGUACGGCGGCACGUGGUACAAGCAGUUCGUGUCGACGUCGCUCGCGGCGACGCACGAGCGCGGCAAGCGCUGCAUCCAGGUCCACAUGGACCCGCGGGACGGCGGGACCUUCGAGACCGUCGUCAAGUGGCGCGCGGGCGCGGCGGACGGCGCGCCGAAGAGCGUCGACGCGACCGUGACGCUCGGGGACGACGGGACCUUCGAGGAGCGCGGCGUCUCCAUCCCCUACGACGUCGUCCACGUCCGCGAGGGCGCCGACGGUCUGUACGACCUGGCGGUGGUCUAUUCGUCCUGCGUCGGCGACGACGUCGGCGCCGGCGCCUGGGUCAUGACGCGCGAGCCCGAGCUGCCCGCGGGCGUCGACGUCGCGUCGCUGCAGGAGACGCUGGCGGCCGCGGGCGUCGACGCCGCGGUGCGCCUCGAGAAGGUCACGCAGGCGACCUGCGCGGCCUGGGCGCCGUCGAAGACGAUCGCGCGCGCGCGCGUCGCCGUGCGGCCCGCGGUCUGCGGCGGCGAUUCCGAGGACGCGCUCGUCGCGUACCCCGACGACGGCGGCCGCUACCCGCUCGUCGCGCUCGAGCACGGCGCGCUCUACGACAAAGCGGAGAGCGCCGAGCACUGCGCCGGCGACGUCGAGGCCUGCUACGGCGCGCUCAUCGAGGACGUCGCGCGCGCGGGCUUCGUCGUCGCCGCGCCCGCGUCCGAGAAGACGGGCUGGUGCCAGCGCGCGGCGGAGGACCAGGCGAACAUCGUCACGUUCGCCGCGGCGAAGCGGUCGUCGAGCGCGCCCGAGGACGCCGUCUGGCGCCGCGUCGACUGGGACCGGGGCGCGGGGCUCCUCGGCCAUUCCAUGGGCGGCGUCGCGACGCUCGUCAACGCCGACGACUACUACCCCCUGGUCGCCGCGGCCGUCGCCGUCGCGCCCUACACGGCCGACGCCUGGCGCGAGGCCCACGACGGCCCGGUGCCGCGGGACCACCUCCUCGGCGCCAAGGGCGGCGCGCCGGGGCGACACGCGCGCGCGGCGGUGGCGGUCUUCGGGUCCGCGGAGGACGCGACGGUGCCGCCGGGCGCGCUCCGCGCGGCCUACGACGGGCUCCCGGCGACGACGGACCGGCUGCUCGUCGUGCUGCCGGACCGCAGCCACCGCGGGCUCAAGGAGGACCACGUGCGCGGCGGCGGCCUCCAGGAGGUCGGCGCGGGCCUCAUCGGCGCGUCCGGCGCGGCGGCCUACCUCACGCCCAAGGGUAACUUCAAGGCCUACGACAUGGACGUCACGGAGCCGACGGCGCUCGCGAUGAUGCGCCUCGUCGGCGCCUGGCAGCUCGGCGCCGCGACGGUGCUCGCGCGCGACACGGCCGACGUCGGCGCCUUCUCGAACUGGGUCGCCGCCGCGGCGAUCCUGUCCACCGCGCCGUCCUGGGAGUCCAUCGGCGCGCCCAAGGAGUCCAUGGCCAUCUGGAUCGGCAUCCUCGCGGCCCUCGGCAAGUACGGCAUGGACGGCAAGCUCAACAAGUGGGUGCCCGUCGCGCUCUGGCUCGUCAACGGCGCCCAGUUCCACUUCGCGCCCCAGUUCUCCGCGGACUUGUACCAGGCCAAGUCGAAGAUCUCGCCCAUGGGCCUCUCCAUGCUCUCGCUCUCCGGCGGCAUGAUGAUGGUCGCGGGCACGUACCUCGGCUUCCUCGCGAACGGCGCCUCGCAGGCCGAGGCCUUCGGCUACGCCUACGCCGUCAACGGCGUCCUCGCGGCCAAGUGGGCCCUCACGGAGGCCGAGGGCCUCGGCGCGCCCAAGCACGGCCCGCUCGCCUGGGCCGCGAUCUCCGCGGGCCUCGCCUACAAGUCCCUCACCGCGUGA